AUGGAUACAACUACAGUAUUAGACCAUCUCAACACAUGCUAUGAAACUAAACAACCAAUUGAUAAUGAUUUAAUAGAUACAUUUACAACCAGUGUGAAUUCCCACACACCCGAUCUCCCCCAGUUGAUUUCUAUUAUAAAUCAAAUUCUUCUUGGUGAAUCCAAUAUCGAUCCCAUGGGAAUGCUAGUGGCUUUACUUGAGAAAUUGCUUGGGAAUUUGCUGUUUAAGGAGAUCUUGCAGGUUUAUCCUGCCGAGUUUAUUCUUCAGUAUUUAGUGAACUAUGAGGAGAAUCCGGUUGUCAAUCAGUUAUGUUUAAAGAUUUUAAAUUUGAAUUUGCAUGAUGAGCAAACUCAGGAGUUUUUGAGAAGCAAUGGCGUGUUGAUUAAAUUGUUGGAGAUUUACUUCAAGCGAAAUACCCCGAUUGGGGUAUUGAACCAAAUAGAGAAGUUGACCUCGUUGUUAACCACCACGGAGUUUGCGCUAUUGGUUACACCCCUGUAUUUGCAAUUGUUUAGUUCAUUCCGUCAUGUUGACGAUACCACUAUAUUAGCGAGAUAUCUUGAUUACUUGACUUUGAUAUUGCCUAAGCUUAAGUCCGUUGACCCUACCCUCUACCAGUUUACUAAGCGUGAGAUUGAUCAGAUUGAAGAUCCGUUGUUUUUGAUACUACUAGCACAAUUUUAUGGAAAGUUAUUAGAGCAACCUAUCAAUAUUGAACCUCCGUUGAACGACUUUAUUUCUCUAUAUGUGGAUGGGAAAUUGGAUGAACUAGUGAAGGGCGAAUUAAUCAAUGUGAUUGCAAAAAUGUCGUAUCUCGACAAGUAUACCUCCAUCCUCGAACACAGCCAACUAUUUAAAACUCAUAACUUGAUAAAAGUAUUUGAACAUGAUCAAAGUGAUAUAAAUUUGUUGAGCAAAGCUAAUCCCGAUGUUAUUGUCCAGUUGAAUUACCUGGUCUAUCGAGACGUAUUAGACAAUUUGUCCUUGUUUAAUGACAAUUUGUACUUGCCUAUUCUUUUAAAUUUCAUAAAGUCGCCUGUGAUAUUUGGAUUAUUACUGAGUCAGUUCAACUACUUGAAGUUUUCUGGGAUGUCGAUGGAUAAACUAUAUCUCAUUUUGCUUAGCAUGAGUGAGAAGGGUCACACCAAGGAAUACUUGUUUAAUAAUUUACCCAAUGUAAUUACGCAAUAUUUGCUUGAGCUGGAAAUUAGCAAUAAUCAAUUGUGGAAAUUAAAACUCGAGAUAUUUACUAAUUUGUUGAGUGAUCCAGAAGUAGUGGGCUACGCAUACUGGCACGAUGAGCUAAACCGAGUUUACGAGUUGAUGAAGUACGGAAAAAGUUUCAGAAAUGUCACCAAAGUAGAUAUAAUGGAUGAGACUGUGUAA